AUAGCUGCCAGAACAGUUUACUAAAACUCGACCUCACAUCAGCUCGUCGGUCAUAUUAUUACUGAUCAAGUUCUGAACAGCUUGUCUUUACAUAUUUGUGGACCGAAACCUGAAGAUGUCUAACAGAUUGUGGUUCUGUUUGUGUUUAUGGCGUCUGAUUGGUGUGUUUGGUGGAGAAAUAAAGUUUGUGAAAAUUGGAGAAUCAGUGACUCUCAACUCUGAUUUUACUGAAAUGAUGGAUGAUGAUAAGAUUCAGUGGAGGUUUAAAAAUACUUUAAUCGCUGAAAUCAAUGCAACAGCUGACAUCAUGACUGUGUAUGAUGAUGUUCUUGACGGGAGAUUCAGAGACAGACUGAAGAUGAACGAUCAAACUGGAUCUCUGACCAUCACUAACAUCACAAUGAAACAUGCUGGAGAUUAUGAACUAGAGAUCAACAAUAUGAGCAAGAAUUUCUUUCUCCGUGUCUAUGAUGAAAUCCCACUGAAGGAGGGAGAAUCAGUCACUCUAAACACUCAUCUUACUCAAAUAAUGGAUGAUGAUCGGAUUCAGUGGAGGUUUGGAUUUUACUCUGUACUAGCUUACAUUUAUAGACAGAGCUCUAGAACCAUGACUUUAUAUGAUGAUGUUCUUGACGGGAGAUUCAGAGACAGACUGAAGAUGGACGAUCAAACUGGAUCUCUGACCAUCAUGAACACCACAAUGAAACAUGUUGGACAUUAUAUUCUACAGUUCAACAACAUGCACAUGUUUUUCUUCCUCACUGUCUAUGAUGAUAUAUCAGUGAAGGAGGGAGAUUCAGUCACUCUCAACUCUGAUCUUACUCAAAUAAUGGAUGAUGAUGAGAUUCAGUGGUGGUUUGGAAAUGAAAUCACUUUAAUAGCUGGAAUCAGUAAACAGGCCAACAUCACGACUGUAUAUGAUGAUGUUCUUGACGGGAGAUUCAGAGACAGACUGAAGCUGGACAAUCAAACUGGAUCUCUGACCAUCACAGACAUCACAAUGAAACAUAAAGGACGUUAUCUUUUACUGAUAUUUGGAUCAACAGAGUCAUUAAAAGCUUUCAGAGUUUCUGUCUCUAACUCAGACUCUGAACACUGCUGUGGUUUUACUGAAGCUGUGAUCCGAUUGGUCCUCUCUGCUCUGGUGGGCGUGGCUACUGUCCUUCUUCUGGUUUAUGACAUCAGAUCCAGAAGAGCUAAACGAGAUCAAACACACGUUCACACAACAAGAAAUAUUGAAAUGUAAAGCAGAUGCUGAACUUUAAAGCUUCUUCACGUGUGGUUUGUUAUAUUAAAUGCAGAUUACCGGUAUUAUUUAAUUUUAUUAUUUAGUACAAUGUAAAUGUAUUCUAAUAUUGUUAUUAUUGCGAUCAAGUUUAACCUCAUAUGAGGACAUUAUAUUUCUCUGAGACUAUAUGAUAGGUUGCUUCACCAGAAUCACUCUCUUUGCUUCAUCUUUUAAAAUGUCUGAAAUUAAUUUAAUGAAGUAAUUAUGACAUGAAUAUGUGUCAUUUUUAAAUUGUGUGUCAUAAAUAAACA